AAAUUGGAUUUUGUCGCAAUACUAUAGGAUGAAAAAGCAUCAUGUUCUAUCCAGAUUAUAAAGAAUCCUAGAGGCUCAUUAAUGGAUUCAUUCUUAGAUGAAGGGUAAUAUUGCUAAAAGUUAGAUUAUUUUGAAGUUUGCAAAUAGGAAUGCUUCAACCUGUUUAUUGAAUGCUGGUGUAUCCUUUUCAUAUUGAGUUGCACAGACAGUUUUGAAGCCAUUUAAAUAAAGUCAAAUGCUUAUAAAAAUUAUCAACUUCUACACUUGCCUACAACUUGUGUUUGAAAAUUUUUUGUGCGAAGGAAGGACCCAGAAGGCGUGCUUGGUCCACCCCAAACGGGGCAUUUCACCAGGUUCGAGUUUAAGAGGCGCCUCGAGAGAGACGCAGAUGCCCGCGAAGCCUUCCAACAUUAAGUCCGUGAAGAUAAAGAAUGCCAUCAAGCCCUUCGACAAAUUGAAUGAGGAAUUCUUUGCACAACUCAAAUUCGAGUCAGGACAACUUUGAUUUGAUGUUGACAAAACAUAGACAGAUUGAGCUGGAGGCUCUAGAGAAAGCCAUACAAGAAGGAUUAGGUUUGUUAAUAAUAAUUAGAAGAAAAAAAAAGUGUAGGAAUUUACCAAAGAUAUAUGCUCACGCCUUGCUCCUAUCUUCUAAUACAGAAGCCUAUGAUAAGAUGCAAGGUGAACUUGUAAAAGCCAGGGCAAGCCUAACCAAAAUCUUGACAUCAAAGGAUGCCAAAGUAACUGUUGACAAGAAUGAUGACAUUUAUGAAGUAUGUCAUCGUGUCUUCAAACAAAAUGAUAAAUCUAUUCAUAUUCAACCUAGAUACUGUUUGAAAUGUGGUUCUUACUGUGAGUUGGAGUCUUUGCAUGCUGCAGUUGGUUGCAGGAUGCAAUAUUGUCGCAACAAAUUUGAAUCAAACAUCCCAUAUUCUAUUAUUACCUUUGUUCUAUUGAUAUUUUGGAUUUUCAGGCACCCCUUGUAUUACAGACUGUGUGAUGGCAGAACUCGAGAAGUUAGGCCAAAAAUAUCGUGUAGCUCUAAGGUAGAUGUUAUGUCUUCUUGAUUAUUAGUUUAUAUUUUCAAACAUUUGAGAUUUACAUAUAAAAAGGGAAAUCCAUUGCAUGAGGGGGUUCCCUUAAAGUGAGGUAUGGGGAGGGUAGAUGUAUGUACCCAUGAUUUGGGUUUCUAUAUUACUGAUUCCCGGUGUUCCAAUAAUGUACAUCACCAAAUGCAAGUACUCAAUUGAGCGAUUGCCUAAAGCAACAAUUCGUGGAGGUAGAUACUCUUAUUUAGUGAAA